GUCCCUUAGCAUCACGGAGUUGGUUAACCCGUUAAUUUGAAUUAACUUGGACGCAUGGUUCGGCUCAGAUGCUUAUAAAAGCGCCUAUAAUCCCAUCAUCUCCAGCCAUUUUACUGAGUAGAAUCAACAAGCUGUUUUCCUCAACAAUCAAAGUUUCACUUUGAACUACCGUCGAGUUCAAUAUAUCUAACAAACCAAACCAUAAAAAUGCGCUUUGCCCCAGUCUUGCCUCUCGUCUUCCUCGCCGUGACUGCCCAGGCUGGCGUCUCCCAGCAAGCAGAGCCCUACGCUCUGGCCGAGCGGACCGACAACGACGAGCUUGUGACUUUACUAGACAAGAAGGAGGAGCUAGGCUUGGAGAAGCGAGCUUGCUCCUACAAUGGAUGCAAGUGUAACAGUCGUGGCAAGCAGCUGACGGUCUGCGGCAACUGUGUAUGGUCCGACAACGGCGCCUACGUCGUGACCACUAAGAGGGUCAGCGACCACAUCUUUGAGUGUUCGCCCGACGGCAGAUGCUGCUCUUACGGCUAUGCCAAAGACUGCGGUGGCUCCGGUGCUCGGUGCAGAGUCAACUGACCAAAGACGAAUCCACGGGCUGUUUGAAGGAGCCUCAAGGGGUUGAUGGAAGUAACAGGGAUGAGUUGCUACCUUGUUAGGGGGUUUUACGCGUUUGAAAGUGUCGUCUCAUGUUUGUAAUUGACCUCAAGUCAUUCGCUGAGCCUAGGGUUGGAUAGUGGGAU